GCGGCCGAAGGUCUCUGUCAUCGCUCGUAUUUUGCAGAAAAAUAAUGGAAUGCAAUUUUUGAGUUAUUUAAAAAUGUAGUAGUUUUACGUAUUGUGCAUUCAAGCUCAAGAUAAUAAUGUGAGUGAUACAUCAUUUAUAACCACCCUGUUGCUACUGGCAACUGGUAUAUCUUGAGAUGGAGUAUCGAAGUGGAGGUCUUCUCUUCACUUCCAAGUUUGACUCCGGGAACUUGGCUCGAGUGGAGAGAGUCUACCAUGAUGAAGAUGAUGAUCCUAGUGCGAAACGAGUCGGAGACACGUGUGCUGUAUCGGACUAUGAGUUCAAUGUGUGGACCAAACAUGAUUGUGGUGGGACAGAGUUUGAAAAUGGCAAUAGGUCGUGGUUCCAUUUUGCCAUCAAAGGCUGUCCAAUGAACAAGCUGGUUAAAAUCAACGUCAUGAAUAUGAAUAAGCAAGGAAAGCUAUACAGCCAAGGUAUGGCACCUGUAGUUCGUGUCAUGCCACAGAAGCCAAAAUGGGAGCGUAUCAGAGAGAGACCAACAUGGGAGACAGUUGAUGGGCAGUUUAUCUUGUCGUUCAACUACCGCUUUGAGUAUCGCUUCUCCUCUGUCUACUUUGCCUUCUGCUUCCCGUACUCCUACACCGAAUGCCAACAGAAAAUGGAUGAGUUAGACUCGCAGUUUGCGCAGUGUCAACAUCUCAAACCAUCAAGCCCGGCAAACUCCAUCUACUACCAUCGAGAGCUUUUAUGUUACUCAAUUGACAGACUCCGUGUUGAUCUAAUGACUAUUACCUCUUGUCAUGGGCUAACUAAUGAAAGAGAGCCCAGACUACCGAAGCUCUUCCCAGAGAACGAAGUACCAAGGGCUCAUAAGUUUAAAGGCAAAAGGGUGUUCUUCCUGACCAGUAGAGUUCAUCCUGGAGAAACACCAGCAAGCUUCGUCUUCAAUGGCUUCCUAGAGUUCAUCCUUCGCCCUAAGGACCCUCGUGCCAUCCAGCUGAGGAAGCAGUAUGUCUUCAAGCUCAUCCCACUCCUCAACCCAGACGGGGUACAGAGGGGUCACUAUAGGACGGACCAAAGAGGGGUGAACUUAAACCGGGUGUACCUCAACCCAGACUCUGUUGCUCAUCCAACGAUAUACGCUACUAAGAGUCUGAUACUGCAUCAUCAUGUCAGCUCAAGGGUUGUUCCUUGGAGCGGGGAGGCGAGUCCAAGCUCAAGGAAGACGGAUACAAAGCAUGUUGCGGAGAAAAAGGGGAAGGGGGAUGGGGAGGGUAGUUCUUCUCCUGGGGCUGUCCCAGUGCAGCCUCCAGCUAAUGCUAUUGUUGUGGUUCAUGAAGGUUCAGGGAAUCUAACACAUAGUCAAACAGUUUCAAGACAGUCGGAUGAUGUCGACAAUCAAAGACUACUUGAAUUAUCAGAUACAGAUAUUCAGAACUCUGGUGUUAAUAUAAGUAAAUCCGACUUCAAUGCAGUUUCCAUGCCCGGCGACUCUGCGGACGUUUCAUCCCAGGAUGCUAGUGAGCUGCGUUUACGCACAUCCUCUGUCGCCAAAGAGAGUUCCGUUGAUGGCGACUCAGGCGGGGAGGAGGACGAAGAUAACAUUCCUCAUUCAUUGACUCCGUCUACCCCCAAGCCAAAUUCCGAUCCCAACCUUGCUGCUGAUGGGAGCAUCUUAAACAUUCCACCCAAAGACAGUGGUAUAGCCCUGUAUGUCGACCUCCAUGGCCAUGCUUCCAAGCGAGGCUGCUUCAUUUAUGGAAACUACUUCGACGAGGAGGAGAGUCACAUUGAUAAUCUUCUCUUCCCGAAGCUGAUCUCAAUGAAUUCGGCUCACUUUGACUUUGACGGUUGUAACUUUACUGAGAAGAAUAUGUACACAAAGGAUAAGAGGGAUGGCAUGUCGAAGGAAGGUAGUGGACGUGUUGCUAUAUUCAAGGCUACAGGGAUUAUACACAGCUACACUCUUGAAUGUAACUACAAUUCUGGUCGUUUUGUCAACUCUCUUGCCCCUGCUACGAUGGACGAUGGCAGGGCAACCCCACCUCCUCUAGCAGGUUACCCACCAAAAUACAACCCUGGACAUUUUGAAGAGGUUGGCAGAGCUGUUGCUGUAGCAGCGUUGGAUAUCACAAACACUAACCCAUGGAGUAGAUUAGCAUCUACAGAGUAUAGUAACGUAAUGGGUGUGCGUUCAUGGGUUCAACGCUAUCUGCGCAGUGUACGUGGGGCGCCCUUGCUCCCUAAGAAGAUGGCUAGAGUUUCCUCAAAGACUUCAAGUAUCGUUGCUUCUGCUACAGCAAAUACAUUCCAUAAACCCCGCUUCUCGUGGAGUGACACGCCAAGCAGUCAAGCGCCCUCUAGUGUUCAUAGCAAUCAGAGUAAUUCGGCAUCAUCGGUAGCCACAGCAGCGAAGAAAGUCACAGUGCGGCACCUUGGCCCAGUACGAGAAACCAAGACAACGCUAGAAAGAAAGAAGCACCUCCAGCAUCAAAUGCAGGGGUCCAAGUUGGCAUCAGCCUCUGUGCCAGCCUUCGGGAGCACCUCCCUGAGGUCGUACCCAGCCACCAACCACAGCCGACAAACCAACCCAAACACAAUCAAUGCACCGCAGCAAUCAAGUAGUCUACCAGUAGCCAUUGGAAUGUCCACCAGUCACAAGUCACAUAAGACCAGUCCACAGUCUCUGAAUACGGUGGCGCAUCCCCAUGAACACGGGGUGACGAACCCUGUGACGCAUGGCAUACCCCCUCCCCCAAUCAGGCAUGGCUUCACAUUAACUGAGGGACGUACUGGUAAACAUCACAAGCAACAUGACAAGACCGCUGUCACGUCCAAUGUUGUGCAUGAGUUACUAAGCAAUGUGAUGAUCAAAGCUUUGGAGGAGACCGUCAUGAACCAGACUAGGGGUGUUUUGAAAGGUUCUUAUGUCCCUCUUUCUCCUUUGCCUGUCCCUUCCUCUCCCGCUGAUGCUCAGUCUUUGCCUGGCAAGCCUACAUAUGACCCAUCCGAUGGCGGUAAGAUCAGCAGUGCCGCAAUGCAAAUACCCACACUGGCACCUGCUUUGAAGGUUGCAAACAACCAGAAAAUGUUAUUCCGUCCCGUUGCCAACAACGAACCUCUGUCCAAUUACGAUCUGACCGUAAAAUCAAUGAACCAGCGAGAUUCACCAAGUUCCGAGCCAGUGAAAAGACGUAAGAAGCCAUCCGGUAUGAAACGUCGUAGUGCAUCACACAGCCCUAGCCGUAAGGGUCGACGCACUGGAAGGGGGAGGGGUAGUGAGACAGAUAGUGAGAAGGAUAAGAAGCAAAGUAACCGACGUAAGAGGGGAUCAAUCGAUGGACGGACCACCAGGUCUGAGCCGGUUACAGGUGACAAUGUUCCUGAUUACAAUGUGGGUCCUCAGAACGGACAUGAACAAAUCACACUACGAAGACGUAGUUCAGAUGGGGUCACACCCGAUCUUUCCCAUCAGAGAUCCAAGCGUGCUGGGCGGUUUACAAAAUCACAUUCAUUUGGCGGUGAGAAUUCAGAAUCCAGUGUGUCGUGUCAAGUGGUCGACUUGAACAACGUGAACAAUACCUGGAAAUCAAAGAAAGAAGUGACAUUCUGGAUGUGAUGAUCCCAUAUGAGAAGACUCAGGAAUGUCCCGGAUCAUACUGGUUUGUACCGGUUCCUAGAUGAUUGUAGUUACUACUUGGAAGGUCAUUCAAGAUAAAUCUGGAUUGAACUGGAUCAUACUGGUUUGUGCCAGUUCUUGGUUGAUUGUAUACUGGGAAGGUCAUUAGAGGUGAAUCUGGUUUGUACCGGAUACUGCUGGUUUGUACUGGUUCUUAUAGAUGAGUAUUGUUACUAUGAAGGUCAUUUGAUAUGAAUCUGGAUUGUACUGGAUCAUACUGGUUUGUACCGGUUGUUAGAUGGUUGCUGUUACAUGGUGCCAAUUAUUAAAUUACCAAAAUGCAGAUUGAGUUUUACUUCAAAAAUACAUUCAGAGAUGAAGUUCCUCAUUUCUAUUUGUAAAAUGAUUAUGAAUUUGUUAUUUAUGAACCAUAAAUGGUCCAAUUUUAUGGAGUCUCCCUAAUUAUUUAUAUAAAAUUGUGAUUUACAAAAUUUCAGCAUGUAGAAAAUAAUUGAUGUGUUCAAGUGGAUAUUGUAUUCAAAAUGUAGAAAAAGUGUUGUGACUCUUGUGUGUUAGGUGUCUUACAUAUUGAAAACAAAGACUUUAAAGACAUUGGACACCAUUGGUAAUUAUCAAAGACCAGUCUUUUCACUUGGUGUAUCUCAACAUAUGCAC